AUUCUUGACUCUCUUUUCCAGACCAGAACAUCAACUCUGCAAACCCCAUUGCCGUCGUAGCCAUGGGCAAGGGCACGGACAAGCUAUACAUCACCCAUUCCGAGUGGUCGUCCUCAGAUGCCUACAGCGCCAGUGUCGGCGCGAAUGCCGGUGCGCGAGCCCAGCGUGGCGGCGCAGCACAUGCCAGCUUCAAGCGUUUGCCCUUCAACUUCUGCGCCGCCAGCCUCCAACCCUUCAAGAACCCCGUCUGCACGCCAGACGGCACCAUAUUCGAUGUCGAGGUCAUCAGCUCCUGGUUGGAGAAACACAACACUAACCCGGUCACCGGCGAACCACUCGCCGCUAAGGACUUGAUCCGCCUCAACUUCUCGCGCAACGCCGACGCCGCCGACACCAAGGAUGUCAGUGGCGCGCCAACCGACGGCAAGGGCGACUUCAUCGACCCUGUCACGUUCAAGGUUCUCACCGACAACACGCACAUCGUAGCCAUUCGCCACGGCACCUACGCCAACGUCUUCGCCUGGGAGACAGUCGAGCGCAUGAACAUCAAAGCCAAGAUGUGGCGGGACCUGGUCGACGACGUCGAGUUUGGGCGCAAGGACAUCAUCACCCUCCAAGACCCACAGAACGCAGCCAGCCGCGACCUCAGCCAGUUCAAGUACCUCCAGGAAGGGCAGGACGUGAUUCCGACCAAGGAGCAGGAAGAGCAGCGCCAGCAGGGCGGCAUCAACAUCAACGCCCUCGGCCGCAUCGGCGACAAAGUCCUGCGCGCCAAAGAAGCCGUCGAGCGCGCCCGCCAAGCCCGCCAAUCCGGCGGCGACAUCAACCGCACCACCAAGGCUCUCGUCUCGUCCUCCAAACCCUCCUCUACCUCCACCGCCCGCACCCCCUCCAUGCUCGAAAAAAAACUCGCCCCCAACGCUGCCGCCUACACCACGGGCCUCGCAGCCGCCUCGUUCACCUCCACAGGCCUAACCCCAUCCACCUCGGGCGAACGCGCCCUCCUCUCGGACGAGGAAUGGAUGCUGCACCCCAAACGCAUCAAACACAAAGGCUUCGCUCGCCUCGACACCAAUCUCGGCUCUUUGACGCUCGAACUGCACACAGACACAGCUCCCAAAGCCGUCUGGAACUUCCUGCGGCUCGCCCAAAAGGGCUACUACCGCUCCGUACCCUUCCAUCGCUCCAUCCGCAACUUCAUGAUCCAGGGCGGCGACCCCUCCGGCACCGGCCGCGGCGGGCAAUCCAUCUGGUCGCGCCCCUUCGCCGACGAGCUUGAGGGUCCCCACACGCACGACACGCGCGGCGUACUGAGCAUGGCCAACAAGGGCAAAAACACCAACUCCUCUCAGUUCUUCAUCACCUACCGGCCCGCCAAGCACCUCGACAGGAAGCACACCGUCUUCGGCCGGGUGGUCGAGGGCGCCGAUACCACCCUCACGAAAAUGGAGGCGGUGCCCGUCGAGGAGGGGACCAACAGGCCGCUGGAGGAAAUUGUGAUUCGCGACGUGGUGGUGCUGAUUGAUCCGUUUGAGGAGUUCCUGAAGGAGAAGAGGACCAGGGAGGAAGAGGACAAGGCCAGGGAGGAGAGGAAGAGGCGGAUGGGAGGGGACGAGGACGAUCGGACGACAUGGACGGGCAAGAGGAUACGAGCCGACGGGGUGAUAGUGGAGGAUGAGAAGGCGCGGGCCGUGGGGAAGUAUUUGAAGAAGGAGGCGGUUGUUGCGCAGGGUGUCGAUGCAGGGGGUGGUGGGGGUGGUGAGGCAGUGGAGACGUGGGAGGAGCCGGUCAAGAAGAAAGUGAAGAUGGGAGGCGGGUUUGGGAAUUUCGAUUCGUGGUGACAUACUACUACCUCGGCUGUAUGCAGAGGUUGAAGUGGGUAUGAUGGCGGGUUUGAGCAUUGCAUUGCACGGCGUUGGUUGGGAAAAGAGAGAAUAGGAGUUGGGUUCAGAAUUGGAUUUGAUCGGCUGCAAACUUGCAGCAGCGGGUAUAUACGAUAUCUCCAAAAAUAUAUAUGUACGACAU